ACGGGUGAACGUGCAGUCAGUCCGAACUGCGUCUCCUGUCCGCAUCCAGCACCUCGGAAAUAACGCUUCACUCUGUUUCUUCUUUCGGUCGGGGAAAAAAAAAACAACUCUCUUUCUCUCUGUCUUUUUGUUCGGUUGACGUUUUUUACUCGGCACGCUCAGUGAUAAUUGUCCAGCCGCGACAGAUACAAUUCCCGAAACAAACGGAUGGAUUACAUUUCACGAACUACGUAAUACGCACGCCACUACAAAGCUGGAUAAUAAUUUUUGACAGCGGCUGACAAGUACUCUGAUUUGAAGUUUGUGAUAAUUUCGGCGCGUUCGGUGCCUGCGGUGAUUGCAGCCAUGUAGAGGAAUACGUGGAGGGUUUCGGGAAAAAGAAAAAAAAAUGUUCGCGACGAGAGAAGUUUGAAUUUGAAAAAAAGAGAAGGAAACAAAAGUGCGACCGGACAAUCUCGGGCGUGGGCGCUUGCUGCUGCCAGCGCGGGGCCGGACGAGGCGCGGCGGGAAUGAGGGAGCAGGAGGAGAGCUGAGGACACGGCUCCCCGCCACGCCGCCGUCGCCAUGGACACAGACGCGCAGUGCCAGCAGUACGGCGAGGUGAACCAGCUGGGAGGGGUGUUCGUGAACGGCCGGCCGCUGCCCAACGCAGUGCGCAUGCGCAUCGUGGAGCUGGCGCAGCUCGGCAUCCGGCCGUGCGACAUCUCGCGCCAGCUGCGCGUGUCGCACGGCUGCGUGUCCAAGAUCCUGGCGCGCUACCACGAGACCGGCUCCAUCCUGCCGGGCGCCAUCGGGGGCAGCAAGCCGCGCGUCACCACGCCCAAGGUGGUGGCCUACAUCAAGGAGCUCAAGCACAAGGACCCGGGCAUCUUCGCGUGGGAGAUCCGCGACCGCCUGCUGUCCGACGGCGUCUGCGACAAGUACAACGUGCCGUCCGUCAGCUCCAUCUCGCGCAUCCUGCGCAACAAGAUAGGCUCGCUGGCGCACCACCCGCACCAUCACCACUCGCACCACCACCCCACGGCCGCGGCGCACCACCCGCACCUCUACAACUCCAUCUACCCCACGUACCCGUACCCCGCGGCGGCGGGGCCCAGCAAGCUGGCCGCCUCGCCGGCCGCCCCCUCCGCCGCCGCCUGCUGGCCCAGCUCGCACUCCGUCACCGACAUACUGGCCAACGCAGCCGCCGCCCACCACCACCUGGCCACCGCCGCCGCCGCCGCGCAGGUCGACCCGGCGCAGAACUACAACUACUACAUGUACCUGCAGAGCUGCGGCGCCGCCCCCGCCGCCGCCGUGCACAACUCGGCGGCGGCGCUCGCCGUCGUGAACGGCCACCACGGGCUGGCGGCGCCGGCCACCUCCUUAUAGCCCCCGCCUGCCGCGCGGGGAGGCCUGGACCACGGGGGUGGCGCGGUGUAGCGAGGCGGCCGUGGCGCCAAGGAGCAGUGCCCAAGGAGUACAGAACAAUACAGGAGCAUUGUGCAGUCAAAAUGCAAACGAACCCCAUCCCCUUUUUUCCAUCUCUUCAGCAAAACAUUUUUUUUUGGUUGCUGACGUGUUACCUUGUUUUUUUAACAAUAAUCACUUCAUUAGGGCCUACUAUAUUUUUUUGACAGUUCUCCGUGAGUUCCUUUGAAGUUUUUAAACAAGCUUUCCAGUAUCACCGUUUACGCAGCUACAGUUUGUUUUGAUAACCAUUUUCAGAACAGACACCCUCGCCUUGGAAUAAUACCUCCAUGUUUAAAACCUUAAAUACACGUGUCUGCAAUUCACGGACGUAAAAGUUAAUAAAGUGACGCGAUUUGUACAGCACGAGACUUUCUGGAAAAUCUGAACAGUUUAUUUGAUAGUGUUCUUGACGUAAUUAUUUAAUAAACACUCAAGUGGACACAAUUAUUUCCAUACACUCUGGAAAGGUUUUUUAAAAAAACGUUAUUUCGUUUUUGAAAAUAAUUUUUCCUUAGGGUUAAACUGGCACAUAUAUUGGUCCCUAUGACCUUACAGGUGCAACAUUCUAUAUAUAAUUUGUCGUAACUUAUGGAAUAAUCUUCAGCCGACACACACAUUGAGACUGGCUCACAUAUGUCCAGUGUUUACCCAGUUACCAAAGUAAUGUGCAAUUUUUCUGACAUAUAGAAACUGGUUAUAGGUGGUGCAUGGGUUAAACGUCUUCAUUAGAACCUAGAAACUGGUGGUAAGAAUAUUCUCCUUCUUAUAGAAAACUUUAUAUAUCUCUUUCUACGGGCAUCUCAGAAAUGCAUAUAUACUUGGCUAAUAAUUAAUUCUAUAUUUAAAAUAUUGAGAACUGUUGCAAGCAUAUCAGAUAAAUUAGAACUCGCGUAAGUUGAAACUUAUUAUGUAUGAGCGGGAAGUGCAUUGUUUUAUUAAAAAUUCGUACUUAUUUCAGUCAUUUCCACAGUGAUUGUUUAGUGAAUUUAAUAACGCCUAUCGAGUGACUUAACUUAAACUGACGUUUUAGAGAGUUUUUCACGUUUCUAAAUCCCUUAUUUGCUUUAAGGGUGUUUUUACAGACAAACAAACCACUCACUUGUCAAAAUUCUCACGGAGUUAUGGAUUUUUCAUGAUAUGACAUACUGUAAAGUAGAUGAAGUGCUUUUCUACAUCCACCAGCGUCUUAUUUUAAGACCAAACACAAUGCGGAAAUAUGUAGUGUUUUAUCGGGCCUUAUGAUGGAUAAUAAUUAUACGCCCAAUGUUCUGGUCGUCCCACAAACAUCAGCCGGACGAAUAGCGGCUUCACGCAGUGUCUGUGUAGUAAUUCUUGCACGGCCAACAACAGGUUGGGCCUAGGGAGAUGGCUGAGGUAUAUCGAUAUAUUGGAAAUAUUUCCAAUAUAUCGAUAUUUCAGGACAAAAUAUCCACUUUUUUUAGGUUUUUUUUACAUUUGGAAAAUUAUAUAAUAACUACCGCGUCACUUGUACAGUCUUGUAGUACUUAUAAAUACUCCAUAAUAGGCAAUGAGAAUCAAGUGAAUAAUAAUAUAUUGAAAAAUAACUCUGUAGUAUACUUUUACUAAUAAGAGCCAAACUUGUUUUAGAUAGCUUCAUUGCGCAAUCUUAGAUAUAUCAGUAGAGACCGGAAAAAUUCGGAUUCAUUUCGCGAUAAGCUAACAUCCAAUUAAGUAUACCUUCAUAAAACCUUUUGGGAUUGGCCCACAAUUUAUCUGGGGGAACUGUGAGUUAAUGGGAAACCCUAAUCCAAGAAAGUGGCGAAUUACGACAACCUAGUUGAGACGUCUCAUGAGUCAGCAGCCAAAUGAACAGGUGUCAUUUUAGUGAGUAUGAAAAUCACUGUGGAGUCUAACCUAGAAGUUAGUGAACAUGUGAAUGGCCUCCAGGAUAGACUCCACAAUCGUCUACAUGCCCGGGCAAACAUCACAUGUUCAUUGGCUGCUGACAUGUGAGGCGUUUUAACUUAGUACCUUGUGAUUCGAUACUUCUUUGUUCGAAGGUCUCUAAUUGACCCAGAGUCCUCCAGAUUAACAGUGAACCAAUAGCAGAAGCAGCACAAAGUUAUAAUGAUUUAAAUUUUAGCAUACGACGAAUUGAAUCAGCAAGUUUUUUUCCGGUCUCUACCUAGUAUCAAGAAAUAGAUUAUAAUUUGAUAAUAAGUAAAAUAAGGUAAAAGUUUGAUACUGCGAUAACCCGAUAUAUCGUAAACAACAAUAUUUUCUUAGCGUCGAUAUAAUUGAAACGAUGUAUCGAAAGAUGAGCGGUAAAAGGUUGUCAUCCCUGGGCCUGAGCGGGAUUCCUCCACGAGCGCAGGACUGUUGUCUGCGAAGCCGGGCGCGGGCGGUAAUGUGCUUGUGUUUGCAGUCGGCCUAUCACGUGACGAGCGGCGGCGCGCCAGCCCAAACACGGCGUCACUUGCGGCGUUUGUCUUCCCGCCGCGGCAACACGCCUCCUUGCCGUUUUCGCCGCGCUGCGAUACCAACAGGAGGGAGGCAGUUUGCCAACUAACGCGAUACGAAUAAAAUAUUAUUUUCCAACUAAUCACGUUCCCACACGUCUGUGACGUCAGCGCGGCAGCGUAUUCUCAUUACAUUUUGUUUUUCGAAUGACAUUUAGACUGGUUUCAUUGGCGAAACUAAUUUUAUUUGUGUAUUUUUACGUAUUUUUAUCGCUAAACUUAACUUUAAAAUUUUCUGAAAUGUACCCAAAAACAAUUUUUUUUCUAAAUUAAUGUCAAAUUUGAAUUAAACAUAUAUCUAUAAAAAAAAGAAUCCGUAAAAAUUGAUGGGUGUCGUGAAGUUUGGUGUGAAUAUGAACUCCGGUGUCAUUUUGUAUUAUAAUAAUUUAUUUUUGUUCGUCGUGAGGGGUUUUAACCGCGUGCUCACAAUAACGCGAUGUUCCGCUGUCGCGUCGCGCCCUCCGCGUCUCGUUCGUCGCGCUAUUGAGAUCCCAGCAUUGUCCCUCUAGUGCAUCCGAGACGUCUCCGAGAAUGUAAUUGACUCUAAUUACAAAUUAUCCAGGGAUAUUCGUAAAAUGCAUUGUUAUCUUCGCACAUUCACGGGUUCAAAGUUCACUUACUGCGAACAUGAAAACAAAAGAAUAACCUUGAAUUACAAUUUUAAAAAAAACUUAUGACAACUGGUUAGGACUCGUGCAAAAACACACUUAUUUCUUCGACGCUGUUGUUUACCCUGCUUACAUCGAAUAACAGAGUUUGUAAGUUGAAACACGACGUAAUUUCUACGAAGAUCUGAAAUUAAGAUGCACUCUUCUUUCAUUUCAGAUGAAUGAUUCGUAUAAGAAUUCUUAAAUUUACUGUAAAUUUUUAACAGUGUUCGAAAAGAACAAAGAAUAAAGACACGUGAGUCACCCCACUCCCAAUGACUUUGUACUGGCAAUGUUGGAAGUUGUGUUGGAACGAAUCAUUUCCUCGAAGUGUGUCAUUUUACAUCAGUUCAUGUUGCGUUACAUCCAGUUCAUCAAGAGUAGUUAUCUUGUUACACAGAGUUGUUCAAGAAGUGUGAAAACUCAUUUGCAACGUAGUCGUGCCACCAUGUUUUCUUGCACAGUGAGAGAACGGCAUAAGAAAGUGUGUUUCACAAAUGUAAAUAACUCGUUGAAGCAUUAUCUGCAUAAUGAUGAUAUGAAUAUUGUGGUGCAAUGUAUUAUUAUACGAACGUAUUGUUGAGGCCUGUUGUAUGUAAAAAAAGAACGAACCGAUAUAGUGUUGUUGUAUUUAACACCUGAACACGUGUAUUUGUUUAUGAAACAGUUAUAUAUAACAAAUAAUACUAAAUACGUGUUUUUUAUCAUUUUAAUCCCUUGUGUUACUCCUUUAAUUUAUAUAUGUUAAGGAGG